AGGGGAUGGCAGCAAGAAAGCUCCCAAGGAGAAGGUUCGUAAAGUAUGUUAACCUAAAGUUAGUGCUGCUGCAGCUGGGACCCAACCAUUGUUUUAAAAGAACAGUGAUUCAGCAGAAUGACACGGAGUUAGACGAGCAUAUAAGCUCCGCCCAGAGCUGCGUCACACUUGGCUGGAUACAAACUGAGACCCAAACGGUGCUUCCUCCGUCAGUGUUCGUCCCAUCACAAGACCGCACAGUCUUCACACUUCCUGUCAGUAAAAUACAUGAGAAAAUCCAUAAUUCUCAUCCAUCAGACACCUGCCUGAAACUUGUACAACCACAGAGGCUUUUGAAAUCACAGCAAAGAGUUGCUCAGUUCCUCAUCAUGACGCACCAGUUCCCGACCCUCUCUGAGGCCCAGAAGAAAGAACUCCAUGAGACCGCUCUACGCAUCGUUUCUCCAGGGAAGGGCAUCCUGGCUGCAGAUGAGUCAGUCGGCAGCAUGGCCAAGCGUCUAGCCCAGGUGGGAGUGGAGAACACUGAAGAGAACCGCAGACAGUUCCGUCAGAUUCUGUUCAGCGCGGACGACCGUAUCAACAGCUGCAUUGGAGGAGUAAUCUUCUUCCACGAGACACUCUACCAGCACUCGGACAGCGGAGUGAACUUUGUCAAAAUGAUCCGAGACAGGGGCAUCCUUGUUGGCAUCAAGGUUGACAAGGGUGUUGUUCCUCUGGCAGGAACUAGUGGCGAAACCACCACACAGGGUCUGGACGGCUUAUCAGAACGUUGUGCUCAGUAUAAAAAGGACGGUGCUGCCUUUGCAAAGUGGCGCUGUGUGAUGAAGAUCAGUGAUGUCAAUCCGUCCAAACUGGCCAUCACGGAAAAUGCAAAUGUUCUGGCUCGUUACUCCAGCAUCUGCCAACAGCAUGGUAUUGUGCCCGUCAUUGAGCCGGAGCUCUUACCUGAUGGAGAUCAUGACCUGAAGCGCUGCCAGUACGUCACUGAGAAGGUCCUGACUGCUGUCUAUAAGGCCAUGUCAGACCACCAUGUGUACCUAGAAGGCACCCUCCUCAAGCCCAACAUGGUCACUUCCGGCCACAGCUGCCCCAAAAAGUACAGCCCGGAGGAUGUUGCUAUGGCAACCCUCACCGCCCUACGUCGCACUGUGCCUCCCGCGGUGGCAGGUGUGGCUUUCCUCUCAGGUGGUCAGAGCGAAGAGGAGGCUUCUGUCCACCUCAACGCCAUCAACAACUGUCCUCAGGCCAAACCAUGGAUCCUAACCUUCUCCUUCGGCCGUGCCCUGCAGGCCUCGGCACUACGCGCCUGGAGGGGACAUAAGGAGAACCAGAAAGCUGCCACCGAGCAGUUCAUCAAGAGGGCAGAAGUCAACAGUCUGGCAUGUCGAGGGAAGUACACAGGUGCCGAAAACUACCCGGAUUCUGCUCACGGCAUCUACAGCUCCUGUUAUUCAUACUGAGCUCUAUCAGAAAGCACGGGUUAACUGCCUCAUCACCAUGACAAGGGAACUUGAUGGUGAUGUGAUUUCAUAUUAUUACACACAAUGUAGCCAUCUUACUUGAAAAUAUUACUAUCCUGUCAUGGAAAUGAAGGAAAAUCAGAACAAAGUUAAGAAUUUUCAUUGAAUGUACUGUAAUUGUGUGAAGGUUUGCUGUUGUGUUGUCCUGCUGUUUUCUGAUGCUGUUAGUUUCAAAGACACACAUUGCUCCACAAAACAUGCUGUAAGUGAGUAAUAAUGUCAUGCAAAAUCAGUGGUGGCGCUGCAUUUGGUACCUGGGCCUCCAGUGGGGACUUAAUCCACAUCUUAAUACCAUCAUGUCACAAUUAUACAAACUAUCAUUAUUAUACAAAAACUCAAUAUGACACGGCAUGGUAUUACAGAGAGAGGGGUUUCAACAAGCAGCCAUCCUUCUCAACCUGUGUCCACGCACACACACACACACACACACACACACACACACACACACACACACACACACACACAGA